AGGCGCACGUCAUAUCCAAACGCUCUUUGUCUGCCGGCAGGACGCUGCCAUUUCCGCGUGUGAAUCUCUCUCUCCCCCUUCGCUUCUGACCGCCUGCCCCAAUGGCUGCGUGGCCUCAGCCGCCACGCUCACCCAAAUUCAGUGGUGGGCGCUUCGAGUCGGACACAGCAGGUUUCCAGAGUCUCGGUGCCUUCAGCCAUGACUCCUUCCUCGGCGACAGCAGUCUAGAAAUGGGCGGGCUCGGCCUGGGUCUAGCGCCGUCGUCUGGUGGCUCCAUGGGUCUCAACUUGGACCUGCAGCCGCCGCUUCCCAUGGCACCGCCUCCUCCGCCAUCUUCCGGUCUUAAUGAGGGCGGAGGUGCGUUGUACCAUCUACAGCAUCAACAGCAGCUCCACCAGCAACAAGAGUUACGUAUGGGCUCCGGUGUAAGCUCUCUAGCCUCUCUAGGGGGCGUGGAACUGGGACAACAGAAUAGAGACGACUUUCGUCUAGGUCCAUCAAGUCUUGGAGGUGCAACAAUGGGACAAUCCGUCUCGGACAGACGCGGGUUCGAUCUCUCGGAUGCGAUGCUUAAUCUGGACUUGGGCGGCGGAAUGCUCGGCAAUGAACGUGGAGUAUUGGGAGGCAAUGGGUGGGGCGAUCACUCAGCGAGUCUCUCGUCCGCAUCGCCGUCUUCAGCGUCACUUAGGGACCAAAUGAACGCUCAGAUGGCUGCACUGUAUCAACACCCGAAGCCUCCGAGCGAUCGAUUGCUAUUUCAGCCUCCCCAACAUCAAAGUCAACCUCUGGCACAGUCUGGAAGUGAGUUAUUGGGUCUUCUCAAUGGGAAUAAUUCUAACUUAGGGGGUCGUGAUCUCUUCCCUCCGAGUGGGAAUAUUCCAAGUCAGUCACCUGUAUUAGGGGGCUUCCCAGGCUUCCCAGCGUCCAGUCCGAGUAAUAAUUCCGGCCAUGGAGGUCUCGCACCUACCAUGUCACCUCCCCGAGGCCCACACUCGAGAAGUUCCACGCCGUCACGUACACGUCGCUCUCCAGCCAAAUCUCCCCAGUUAUAUCGUGAUAAUUCAGCGCCAAGUUCGUUAUCUGGAGGUCAGAGCAAUUCCAUCCACGUGUCGCCUGAAGUUACCAAGCCCAACGAUAACAUCAAGGUGCAGGUCUCUCUCUUAGCGGAGGAAUGCCUCGUUGGACGUGUGCUUCUUGUGGGUCUCUUCCGUCUAGGACAACCUACAAAUGACAAGCCGAUCUUCGUGAAACAGGUCCUUUUCGAGAACAAACUACACCGAAACUACAGAUUCCUGAACACUCGGAUCACGUUCCGAGCGCCGCGUUCUCCGGGAGAGUUCGAGUUCCGUGUUUUCGAAGAUAAAAGCGGCCAUGGCCACCAGAACGGGAAGCGACAAGGCCACUCGAACGACGAUCAUCACGAUACACAUCAUCACGGCAAAGUUUCGUAUUCGAACGUGACGAUUGCGCGCAGUAAUCGACUGAAGGUUUGUCUGGAGUACAGCCACUUUAUCGACACGUUACGAGCUACACACGACAAGUUCCAACAAGGUGUGGCUGAUGGAGACGCUGGUUUAGUGUUGAGUGCGUUGCUUGCGUUGAUGCGAUUGGUGGAUCAAGUGGAGACGGUCUUUUUACAUGGUCAUGCUCUACUGGGGGAUCUACUGGAGGCGUGUCUUCGCUUGCUUGAGCGUCGUGCUGAGGACAUUGCGCGGUCUUUUACAGCCACCGAGACGAUUCCGCAUCCAAUGGAGACUUUCCAUGGCACCCUGCGCAAUGUACUGAACGCUAUUGAAGCCAACAAGUUCGUUCGGGAGCUGAUAGCAGACGAUCAACUUGCUGACAUUGCGCGGAUUCAACGCGAACGCUUCUGUCAAGUCAGCGGCCUCUACUUCGCUAAUGAUGCUGAUCGCUGUGCCUUCUGGCUUGAACAUUUCGGGUUUGCACCGAUUGAGAUCGCUGCUUCAGGCUCAGAAGACGGAGAGGGCGAGAUGCUCCACUCUUCAGCGUUCGUGACGCGAGCGUUGACUCAGUGGGUGGAACGAGAAGCUGCCGUGCUCAUGCCUGACCGCACGGCGUUCCGAGCGUCGCGCCAGUCGAUCUAUGAUCAACUACAUGCUGAGGUUAUCUCCAAGCUGUCGUUCACGUGCGAGUUGGAUGUUUUCGGGUCUUCAGCCAACGAGUUUGGCAACGAGCACAGCGAUAUGGACAUGUGUUUAGUACUACCGGAAGCUGCGACGCCCACAGUGGAGGAGAAGCAGCGUAUGUUGAUGGAAGUCGUCGCGCGCUUGGAAGCUCGACCGGAUCUCUUCACUUCUGUGGACACGACACGUCUGACUGCGCGUAUCCCGAUCGUCAUGUUCGUGUCGCGUGCCUCUGGCAUCGAGUGCGACUUGUGCGUGGAGAACCGGUUGGCUCAACGCAACACGUCGCUGCUUCGCGCGUACGCCAGUGCUGACCCUCGAGUGCGCAUGCUAGCGUACGUGAUCAAGCGAUUCGUCAAGCAGAGGCGUAUGAAUUGUGCCGCCGAGGGCACGCUCUCGUCUUACGGCUAUUUGCUGUUGCUUAUCCACUUCCUCCAGCGUCAAGAUCCCCCUGUGGUGCCUGUAUUGCAGGCGUUGCCUCCGAACUGGCCGGAUUUGCCAAGUGAAAAGCUUCCGAGCGUGUUGUGUCGUGGUCCUAGCGACGAGUUGGAUCCGUCCGACGGUCACAGCGGCAUCGAAACGUACUUCUACGACCCGUUCGCGUUCCAAGAACCCAAUGAGAAGCUGGCUAUAUUGCGUAAAUACUGUUCGCGGAAUACUCAGACGGUAGGCGAGUUACUGCUGGGCUUCCUUCGCUACUAUGGACUACAGUUCGACGCCACGCGAGAUGUUGUGAGUGUUCGUCGUCCUGAUGCCGGUAGUGUGACUAAAGACGAGAAGCGACACUCGUGUCAAUGGCGCUUUACGACGCGAUUGAGUAUCGAAGAUCCGUUCGAAGUGGGCUACGACGUGGCUCACGUGCUCAAAGGCUCUCGUGACAAGUACAUUCGACAGCAAUUCGUGCGUGCGUAUGUCUUGCUAAUGGACGGCGCUAUCCAACACCAGAACGCAACAGAGGAGAGCUCUGAAGACACGGAGGACGCUGUGGAACGCAUCAUGUCGAUCGUCAAUGAGCACGUGCUGGAGGUGCCGUUCUUGCAGACUCCUCAUCCUCUGUCACCUGUACCGAUGCCCAUGCCCCAGCCACACGAAGGCUUUUGACAUAUUUGACCUACUUGCGAAUAGAAAAAAAAAGUCUGAACACUCACGCGUUGCUAUUUGAUUUCCUAACUGUUGUGGGCUUGGG